GCGAACGUCAUAUCAGAAUGUAAUCAAACUAUGUCUUUCAACAUUUUUUUUUUUUUAAUGCACAACUGAAUUAUUUUGUACAUGAAAAUUUAUGUUAGCGAUUUUAUUUUUAAUUAUGUGUACGAAUCCAUUUCUGUCGAUGACUAAGAAGGAUUUUACGGAUCAAGGGGCAAAACCGAUUGUAAAGAAUUUCAUCCCUCAAGAGUUCAAGGAUCCAAUCACAGAAAGUUUUAAAAGUUAUCUUACAGCAAAGGAUGAGGCUACGGGCGAGGAAGAAGUUGUAGAUGCGUACACAUCUAAAUUUUUGGAAGAAAAUGAGACUAUCGGAAAUAUUUACUUCGGCAGUAGAUUGCUAGACAGGGAUGUUGUUCUCAAUGAGGCUGUAGAUGAUAAAAGGACAGUGUACGACAUUGAUUACUGCGACAAGGAGCUCUUUAAAAAAUACUUAGAAGAAGAAGCUGAAAAGCAAAGAUUUAGAUUACCCGAUGAUUGGUAUAUUCCUCUUACGACUCAAAAAAUAAGCUAUAGAGAACCGUUAAUGAUGAGUUCUGAUGCUUAUAAACGUUCUGAAAAGAAAACUGGGUCAACAUCUUUAGGAACUGAUUCAAAAAUACGUGAGAUACUACAAGUAACAACGGGGAUAACUGAAUAUCAAAGUAUAAUCGGACAUAUGGGAGAAAUAAUUAUUAAAGAGGGAUUACACAGAAAGCCAAGUUAAAACUUAUUAUGAAUAAAUACACCUAUGUGAUUGUAGGCAAGAACCAAAAAUUAUAUCGAGUGA